AUGGCCGCUGAUGAAGUCAAACAGACAUCUGAGCAGCAAAUGCGUACGCUGCAGUUCAAUGACAAGGUGUCACGGCUUAACCGAGAAUUUAUCCGCCAGCUUCAAGAAUGGUACAGAGUUUACGAACUUGACGAGUACGCUUGCUGGCUUUACGUCGAGGAAGAAGAGAAAUUGCAUGAGAUCGCUGCCAGAGUGAAUCUUCGUUGA